AUAAAUAUAAAUAUAUUUAUAUGUGUGUGUUUGUGUGUGUGUAGAAAGUCUGUAGAAGUCAGAGGUCUGUAAAGAGAGAAAAUCAGUAGGAUAUAUCAAAAGGAUUGUUUUUUUUCUAAAAAUACUUUUCUAAUUCUGCAUAUAUUUUUAUUGAUAUCUCUGUAAACAAUUUUUUUUUUGAGAAGAAUCAUGGCACUUAUUUUAAUAAACAACACUGGAAAUAAGCACAACAAUUAUAUUCGACAGGCGAAGUAUGUGAAUAAUCCUCAUCUGGAUGGCAUGGAAGAGGACAUCUUGUACCAUUUCAGCCUGAGCACCAAGACCCAUGACCUGCCCCAGAUGUUUGGCGAUGUAAAGUUUGUUUGUGUUGGUGGAAGUCCCAAUAGAAUGAGAACUUUUGCUGAAUAUAUACAUGAGCAGCUGGAGAUGCCCAGUAACACAGCAGACAUUAAAGAUAUCUGUGAAGGAACAGACAGAUACUCGAUGUAUAAAGUGGGACCUGUGCUUUCCAUAAGUCAUGGCAUGGGUGUUCCCUCCAUCUCCAUCAUGCUGCAUGAGCUCAUUAAAUUGCUCUAUCAUGCUCGCUGUCGUGAUGUCAUCAUCUUUCGCAUUGGCACAUCAGGUGGAAUUGGCUUGGCUGCAGGUACAAUAGUGAUCACAGAUAAAGCUGUGGACUCAUUCUUCAGGCCACAGUUUGAGCAGGUGGUUUUGGGAAAGGUAAUCACCAGGAGCACAGAGCUUGAUGUGGAUAUAGCCCAAGAACUACUGCAGUAUUCAUCUGAGCUUACAGAUAUGCCCACUGUAAUUGCAAACACAAUGUGCACGCAUGAUUUCUACGAAGGUCAGGGGCGCCUGGAUGGAGCCCUGUGCUCAUUUUCUACUGAAGAAAAAUUUGAAUAUCUGCGGAAAGCAAGUGAAGCAGGUGUCAGAAACAUUGAGAUGGAGUCCAGUGUCUUUGCUGCCAUGUGUCAUGUCUGCAAUCUUAAAGCUGCAGUGGUGUGUGUGACUCUUCUGAAUCGGUUUGAGGGGGAUCAGAUUUCUACACCUCAUGAUAUUCUUAUGGAAUAUCAACAGAGACCACAGCGUCUUGUGGCUCACCUAAUCAAAAAACGGCUCGGACUUAUCUCAUAAAAUCAUGCAAUGAACAUCUGCAAUGUACAUAAUUCUGUUCAUAAUGUGUGUAAAUUGAUAAUGUUGACUUACUUUAUACUUUAUAAACACAACUUACUUUUGGUAUCGUAAUAGUCCAUAUACUGUACACUAUGGCAAAUAAGUAUUGAGCAUGCCAUGAUUUUUUUUUUUUUUUUCUGGAAGUAAUAUUUCUAAAAGAGCUGUUGGUUCUUUGGGUCCCAUCCAUCAAAUCAGAUGUUUUUUUAUUUUGUAUUGGAUUUAAGUCAGGGGGAUGGCUCGGCUGGGCCAUUCUACAGCAUGUUUUUCUUUCUCUGAAACCAUUUUAGAAUUUCCAUGGCUGUGUUUUGCAUCAUUGUCUUGAAGUUGCAGAAAUGUUUAUCCUGGUUUCAUCUUCAUCCUCUGGUACAGUAAUGUAGAUGUUGGACUGAAGCAGCUAAUAUUCAUUUACAAUGGCGAAGAGAUUUCAGCUGCUUUUCUUAUAUAUCAAUAUAUCAUCCAAUUAUAUCAAUAAUGAAAAUGUAUUUAUCAGAAAAUGCUAACCAAAUGUUUAUUAAAUGUCUUAAAUGUUUAGUUUACAAUAUCUACUGUAUAGUUUUGUUUUACCAGUUGUUUUGUAUUAUAGAACUUAAACAUAUGUUUUGUAUUAUUUCUUUAAACAUAUGCUUUUAAAUGACGAUUCGUUUUAAUAUUGAAAUUAUUCAUAAAAUCACUUUGCCUUUCCUGUAAUAUUUAUUUUCAUAUAUUGUAAUAAAGAAGGAGUUGACCAACAA